CUGCUGUGAGAACCACAAUUCCAUCCAGAUAACCUACUGUUUCUCAUUGCAAAGAAGAUACCUCGCUCUCCCAUCCUCAUAUGGCUCAAUAUGUCCUCCUAGUGGCAAAAGCUGGCAGGCUGACGCGAACGGGAAGCUUUACAGGACGGAUUAUCUGGUAACUGACCAUUUAGCUGUGGCACACUCGGACUCCGUGUAAAAGUGGGAUUUCGACCAUGAGCUCCGUCGCCGUACUUACGCAGGAAAGCUUCAAUGAGCACCGCAGCGGCCUCUUGCCUGAGCAGGCAGGCGCUGCCUCGGCUGGGCCCGCCGGCUCGGCCGAUGAGGAGGCGCUGCCGACCUACAAGGACGCCUUCCCCCCUCUGCCCGAGAAGGCGGCGUCGCCCGAGGGCACGCAGGAUUCGGCCAACGCCUGGACCAAGAUCAAGCCUCUGAAGUCAUCCGUCAUCACCCAGGUUUUCCACGUGCCCCUGGAAGAGCGCAAGUACAAGGACAUCAACCAGUUCGGUGAAGGAGACCAGGCCAAGAUCUGUGUUGACAUCAUGCAUAGGACUGGGGCCCACCUCGAACUCUCCAUGGCCAAGGAUCAGGGUCUCUCCAUCAUGGUGUCUGGGAAGCUGGAUGCUGUCAUGAAGGCCCGCAAGGAGAUUGUGUCCCGACUGCAGACUCAGGCCUCUGCAACCGUGGCCAUACCCAAGGAACACCACCGCUUCGUAAUUGGCAAGAACGGCGAGAAGCUGCAGGAACUGGAACUGAAGACCGCCACCAAGAUCCAGAUCCCACGGCCUGAUGACCCCAGCAACCACAUUAAGAUCUCUGGCACCAAGGAGGGCUUGGAGAAGGCCAAGCAUGAGAUCCUGCUCAUCUCCGCUGAGCAGGACAAGCGUGCUGUGGAGCGGGUGAACAUCGACAAGGCGUACCACCCCUUCAUCACCGGAGCCUUCAACAAGACGGUGGGGGAGAUGAUGCAGGAGACGGGCGCGCGCAUCAACGUUCCGCCGCCCAGCGUCAACAAGACCGAGAUCGUCAUCACCGGGGAGAAGGAGCAAGUGGCCCUGGCCGUCACCUUGAUCAAGAAGAUCUACGAAGAGAAGAAGAAGAGCGCCACUACCAUAGCGGUGGAGGUGAAGAAAUCUCAGCACAAGUAUGUGAUCGGCCCCAAAGGGAACACCCUGCAGGAGAUCCUGGAGAAGACUGGAGUCUCGGUCGAGAUCCCACCCACUGACAGCAGCUCCGAAACGGUCAUCCUCCGCGGAGAGCCAGAUAGGCUGGGCCAGGCGCUCACUGAGGUCUACGCCAAGGCCAACAGCUUUACUGUGUCCUCCGUGUCCGCUCCAUCCUGGCUUCACCGCUUCAUCAUUGGCAAGAAGGGGCAAAAUCUGGCAAAGAUCACCCAGCAGAUGCCUAAGGUGCACAUUGAAUUCACCGAGGGCGAGGAUAGGAUCACCUUGGAGGGACCCACCAAGGACAUGCAGCUGGUGCAGAGCCAGAUCGAAGCCAUCGUCACAGACCUGGUUAACCGUAUGGAUUACACCGAGAUCAGCGUGGAUCCCAAGUUCCACCGACACCUGAUUGGAAAGGGCGGUGCGAACAUUAACCGCAUCAAGGACCUGCACAAGGUGUCGGUGCGCAUCCCCCCCGACAACGAGAAGAGCAACCUGAUCCGCAUCGAGGGGGACCCCCAGGGUGUGCAAGAAGCCAAGAAGGAGCUGCUGGAGCUGGCGUCGCGCAUGGAGAACGAGCGUACAAAGGACAUGAUUAUUGAACAGCGUUUUCACCGAGCCAUAAUAGGGCAGAAGGGCGAGAAGAUUAAGGAAGUCCGGGACAAGUUCCCCGAGGUCAUAAUCAACUUUCCUGACCCGGCGCAGAAGAGCGACAUCGUUCAGCUGCGAGGGCCCCGAACUGAAGUGGAGAAAUGUUCCAAAUUCAUGCAAAAGAUGGUGGCUGAAAUGGUGGAGAACAGCUUUUCUGUUUCAGUCCCCAUCUUCAAACAGUUCCACAAGAACAUAAUUGGAAAAGGAGGGGCAAAUAUAAAGAAGAUUCGUGAGGAGACGAACACUAAGAUUGACCUGCCUGCAGAAAACAGCAACUCUGAGAUGAUCGUCAUCACUGGGAAGAAGGCCAACUGCGAGGCUGCAAGGAACCGCAUCUUGGCCAUCCAGAAGGAGCUGGCGAACAUCACGGAGAUGGAGGUGUCCAUUCCCUCCAAGCUGCACAACUCCCUGAUCGGCUCCAAGGGGCGCUUCGUGCGCUCGAUCAUGGAGGAGUGCGGCGGGGUGCACAUCCACUUCCCCAGCGAGGGCUCCGGCAUCGACACGGUGACCAUCCGCGGCCCCGCGGAGGACGUGGAGAAGGCCCGGCGCCAGCUGCUGUCGCUGGCCGAGGAGAAGCAAAUCAAGAGCCACACGGCGGAGCUGCGCGCCAAGCCGGAGUACCACAAGUUCCUGAUCGGGAAGGGCGGCGGGAACAUCCGGAAGGUGCGCGACAGCACCGGCGCGAGGAUCAUCUUCCCCACGGCCGAGGACAAGGACCAGGAGCUGAUCACGGUCGUGGGCACGGAGGAGGCCGUGCGGGAGGCGCAGAAGGAGCUGGAGGAGCUCAUCAAAAGCCUGGAUAACAUAGUGGAGGACUUCAUGAUGGUCGACCCCAAACACCACCGCUACUUCGUAGCCCGCCGCGGUCAGGUGCUGCGGGACAUCGCCGACGAGUACGGCGGCGUGAUGGUGAGCUUCCCCCGCACCGGCUCGCAGAGCGACAAGGUCACCCUGAAGGGCGCCAAGGACUGCGUGGAGGCCGCCAAGAAGCGCAUGCAGGAGAUCGUCGAGGACCUGGACGCCCAGGUAACGAUGGAGUGCGUGAUCCCCCAGAAGUUCCACCGCUCCAUCAUGGGCCCCAAGGGGUCUCGGAUCCAGCAGAUCACCAGAGAUCACAACGUGCAGAUAAAGUUCCCGGAUAGGGAGGAUCCCCAAGCUCCCCCCGCUGAGGCCCCUGUCCAAGAGAACGGUGAAGCAGAUGGGGAGGUCAAGGAGGCCGACCCCGCCACCCCCAAGAAGUGCGACGUCAUUGUGCUCUCUGGCCGCAAGGAAAGGUGCGAGGCGGCCGUGGAGGCGCUCAAGGCUUUGGUUCCUGUGACCACAGAGGUGGAAGUACCGUUUGAGCUUCAUCGUUACAUUAUUGGCCAGAAAGGAAGUGGAAUUCGAAAGAUGAUGGAUGAAUAUGAGGUCAAUAUUCAAGUGCCUGCUCCUGAGCUGCAGUCGGACAUCAUCUCCAUUACCGGCCUGGCCAAUCACCUGGACCGCGCCAAAGAAGGCCUCCUGGAGCGAGUCAAAGAGCUGCAGGCUGAGCAGGAGGACCGGGCUCUCAGGAGCUUCAAGCUGACCAUCACUGUGGACCCCAAAUAUCACCCCAAAAUCAUUGGGCGCAAAGGCGCCAUCAUCACCCAGAUCCGCAACGAACACGAUGUCAACAUCCAGUUCCCCGAGAAGAAUGAUGAGAACCAGGAUCAGAUCACCAUCACUGGUUAUGAGCAGAAUACCACUGCUGCCCGCGCUGCCAUUCAGGCCAUUGUUGAUGAGCUGGAGGAGAUGAUCUCCGAGGACAUCACCCUGGACAGCAGAGUCCACGCCCGAAUAAUCGGGGCUCGCGGAAAAGGCAUCCGCAAGAUCAUGGAGGAGUUCAAGGUUGAUCUCAGGUUCCCCCAGAGUGGGGCUGCAGACCCCAACCUUGUGACCGUGACCGGCCGCCCUGAGCUAGUGGAUGAAGCUAUUGAUCACCUCUUGAACUUGGAGGAGGAAUAUAUGGCAGACGUUGUGGAAAACGAGUCCAAGCAGGCCUACAUGAAGCCUCGUGGGGGGGGUGCCUCGGUGGAGGAGCCCCGAGGCCCAUCAAAGGGCUUUGUGGUGAGGGAAGCACCCUGGACAACUAGCAGUGAGAAGGCCCCUGACAUGAGCAGUUCUGAGGAUUUCCCAAGUUUCGGGGCACCUGUAGCCGCAAAGACCUCUCCAUGGGGCCCUAAACGUUUCUAACCAGGCUGCUAUAGAUGGGCAUUCAUCCACUCAACCAUUUCCCUGAAAUCCCCUGUCCCCAUCCCCCCCAAUUGACCAUUGGCACUGACCCCUCUGGUUUUUGCUGCACAACAUCAGCUGUGGCUUGGUGCACCAUCUGUAAACCCUCCAGGGAAAGUGAAGUGGUCUUUGAAUAAAAACCUUGUCAACCAGAUUUUGUUUGGUCCAAAUUUCAAGUCAUUUGUUGGAGAAAGGCUUAUCGGCUCCAGAAAACUUUCACAUUUUGGUUUUCGUCUAGUUUAUGUGGUCUGCCUUUGUAGACUUGACUAUUGUAAAAUCCUGAAACUACUUCAGGAUGCCGUUUUGGAUCUGAGCCGUAAGCAAUGCUCAAUGCAUUCAGAAAUCUAAUGUCUGACUUGACGGGACCUUGUCCUCUUCAGUAUAUCUGACCAGGAUAUUGCUAGGUUGUGAUGGGAAGGUGCCCAUUUUGAGUAGAAAUGGUGAUCAUCAGUGUUGUCAGACUUCCUCUGUUGUGAUUUGAACUUGUGCUGUGUUACAGUGGUAAAACUGCUUUUAAUCCAAAGCUGUUGCCAAGGUGAUUGAACAAAGCUGUCAGGGUUGAAUGAACUGCCCCUGUGAGUUGCCUUGGAAACAGAUUGUAUUACCUCUGAUAUUAGAAGAAAUGUGGCCCUUAGCUUCUAUUUCUCUUAAUGGUAGUUCAAAUUUUGAAACUUCAGGUGACUGGCCUUUUCAGCACCCCCACCCCCCACCCCAACCCAACUGUACCCAUGUAGAACCUGCUUUGUCUCAGUGUUAGUAGAGCUGGGGUGCAUGACUGUCUAGUCUACCUCUAGCACUUUAUGAAGUACACCACUACAAUUUGCGAAUACACAUGGUUGUUGAAUCCUGGGGAAGUUCAGAAAUUGAACUGGUCUUGCAGUGAAGAAGCAACUUUUUAAAGUAUUGGACAGUUUGAAGUUUUAAGUUUAGACUAUUCUGGCUGAGCUUUUUUGGAAUAGGAAUGGCGGUUCAAAUUGGGAAUACAGUUCGAACUGCACAAAUGGGCUUUUUUUUUUCCUUCCCUCAAGCUCCAAAUAUGAAACUCCCUUUGGUUUGAUCAUUUUCUUCCAAUCAUGCCAGUUUAGGCCAAUGAGCAGCCUAGUGAUGUCAUGUCUUUUUUUUUUAUUUUUUUUUUUAACCUUCGCUACUGGGUCAGUGUCCUAUCCCUUUUCUUGUCUUCCAGUUCCAGGGCAGAUUCUUCUGUUUCCAUGGCAACAGCCCUCUUAUCAGCCUUAAAACAAGAUUAUGCAAAAACCUUACAAAAAAAGUGAAAUUAUAUGGAUAACACUGGAAUUUUAAAUGUCCAACAAUAAAAAUAAAAUAAAAAAUAAAGAUU